AUGUCGGGUGAAGGAGAGGAAGAGCUGUUCGUCCAGGCCGAGGCCGACGACAAUCUCGAGGCCCAGAUCGAGGGCGAAGGCGCUGGGCAGGCCACUGAUGAGGAUUUCUCCGAUUUGAAGCGGCAGGUGCAACAGAUGCAGGAGGAGGCCGAGAAAUUGGAGGAAAUCCAGAAGGAGGUGGAGGCACAGAUGGGCACCAGCCCCUCGCCCGCCAACUCGCAGAGCAUCGACGCCAGGUCGGUCUACGUCGGCAACGUGGACUACGCGGUGACGCCUCAGGAGUUGCAGGCCCACUUCCAGUCGUGCGGACCCAUCAACAGGAUCACCAUCCUCUGCGACAAGUUCACGGGCCACCCCAAGGGGUACGCGUACAUCGAGUUCAGCGAGGAGGACGCGGUGGGCAAUGCGGUCCUGCUGAACGACACGGUGGUGCACGGGAGGCAGAUCAAGGUCAACCCCAAGCGGACCAACGUGCCGGGCUUCAACCGCGGCGGGUACAGGGGCAGAGGCGGCCGCGGCUUCAACCGCGGAGGCUACCGGGGUAGGGGCGGCCGCGGCAGGGGCGGUUACUACCACCCCUACCAGUAG